AUGAAACUCCCUUUGCUUCUCACCCUCGGUGCGGGCGCCUUGGUCAAUGCUCUUUCCAUCGACACUAGUUACCAACAGCAAAUUGCGCUCGAAGACUCACAGCCCCUGGAGCAAGAUCAAUAUCUGAUUGAAUUGAACCCUGGAAAAAUCAGAUGGGUGUCCGAAGAGGAGAAAUGGGAGCUGAAGAGGAACGGCGUGAGGUUUAUGGACAUCACGGAAAAUGGCCACACAUAUCCCUACGUCGUAACCUCCGAGUCAGCAUCCACUGCCGUCACCUACCCUUCGAAACCAGAGCACAACGAGACGGUCAGGUCGCUGGCGAAAGUGCUGGACAAGGAUAACAUGCGAAAGCACCUUGAAGGACUCACCUCAUUCCACACUCGAUACUACAAGAGCCAGUCCGGCAUUGACGCAGCGACAUGGCUAUACCAGCAGAUCUACGAAACAGUCUCAGCUUCUGGAGCCUUCGAGCACGGAGCCAGCCUGGACAAGUUCGCACAUCCAUGGGGCCAGUUCAGUAUCAUUGCCCGAUUUCCUGGAAAAACCAACCACACUGUUGUGAUCGGGGCGCACUUGGACAGUAUCAACCUGUUCUUGCCAUCAAUCCUCGCGGCGCCCGGGGCGGAUGACGACGGGAGUGGCACCGUGACCAUUCUCGAGGCUCUUACAGCACUUCUUCGGUCCGAGGACAUUGUCCAAGGCCAGGCAGAGAAUACGGUGGAGUUCCACUGGUAUUCGGCGGAAGAAGGAGGUCUUCUGGGCAGCCAGGCUAUCUUCAAAUCCUACCAUGAGAACAAAAAGGACGUUAAAGCGAUGAUUCAACAAGACAUGACUGGCUACGUGGAGCAGACAUUGGCGCAUGGGAAACCCGAGUCGGUUGGGGUGAUUACGGAUUUUGUCAACCCCGACCUCACGGAAUUCAUCAAAAAGAUCAUCAAGGCGUAUUGCGAUAUUCCAUACACUCUGACCAAGUGCGGAUAUGCCUGUUCGGACCAUGCCUCGGCGAGUAAGUAUGGGUAUCCCUCGGCCUUUGUGAUCGAGUCGGACUUUGAGUAUUCGGACAAGAAGAUUCACACCACGGAGGAUCUAAUCAAAUACUUGAGCUUUGAUCAUAUGUUGCAGCAUGCGAAGAUGACGCUGGGAUUCGCAUACGAGGCUGCCUUUGCCAAAUUCUAG